GUCAACUUUAUAAAGUGCCAGUCAAUGGAUUAGAAAAUGCAUGCCGGCAGCUGAUGCCUCCAUUUUCGAACUCUCUACCAAGACGAUGGUCGCCAUCGGAAUUGCCAAUUCUUCCGUUCCUUGCACCGAGAGUCUUCCAGCCAUGGCCGUCCAAGAGUGCCGAAAUUUAUUUGAAGACGAAAACGGGACAAGAUCAAGGCCAUGAUGGGCGUGCACGAUCGACAGUUAGGAGGGGAGAUACAUAUUCAGAGUGUCCGGGAGGUUCAUCACCAAAUGUGCUAGUGCAACCCAACACAGGAUAUACUAGAUUCAACAAACGACGAACAACCCCCACUUCCUUCGCCCGCAUAGACAUUCCUGAUCAUGGGUCUAUAAGACAAUUCUCUUCGAAAGGCAGUUUCGGGAGGACAACUGAAAGCACUGGAGGCGGGUCGCCCACUGAAGAUCACACAAAAUCACCAUAUAAAUCAGGGCCCAAUGAACCAGUGGAGUGUCAACCGAGUCCCCCCGCAUCAGCUCGUCAAGACCCGGGGAAAACAGGAGAUUCUAUGAACGCAAGCUCUUCAUUGAGGCCUCGUCGUGUGCGAUCAACUGCAUCAUCGUUUUAUCGUCCAAGCAUAAAUCUUGAGGCACAUCAUGUGCCUUCCAGACCGGGUGCACUCCAUUCGCGACUAAAAACUAUUUCCAACAAGAUCCUUUUGUAUAAGCAGGAUGUUUCUACGUCACGUAAUACUAAGCCCAAUCGCUCUGGAAAUUCUACUGCUCUUCCUCUCCACGAGUUGUCAAAACUUGUGCCUCAACAACCUUCAUCAUCCGUACCUGUCUCCACAGCUCGAACCGAAACUACUUCGCGCCAAGGAACUUCACCCCUUUCUCUACAGGUCAAGAUGUCACCGGAAAACUCUAGCAAUGAAUCCAAUUCAUCAGAUGAGUCUUUCGCCGUUGCGACAACGACAAAAUUCAAGAGAACCCGUCACAAAUCUACCAGGGAUAAAUUUAGAAGAACAGAUCGGCCGGUUAUAGGGUCUCGUAUCAAGAACAACCUCCUGAGAAGGUCUCUCUUUUUCCGGCGACCUAGUGGUUAUAAGUUUCUUCGUGAAAAUUAUCGACGACCAAAGGGCAUGCUGUCCGUCAAUAGGAAUAUCUCUUUGAAUCGGCGACGCCUACACUCUGAUCGUUUCACAACUGAUCCAGCAUUACGCCAGGACUUACUUACUCAUUAUGAACUUUGGGCCCAGCAACAAGGCCUCCCAGAGCUCUCAACCAAAUAUCUUAGAGUAAAAUUGAAUGCAGGAGCAAAUUUCAUGAAGUUGAAAACGUGGAAAUGGUCUUCAAAAUUUGCUAUUGUCAAUCAGCGACACGAAGAUGCUUUAAAGGGUCAUCCCAAAUUGGAGUACAAUAAAAUUGCUGUAUCAAAAUUUCCCCUUGCAUCGAGGUUACUGUUCAUCAAGCAAGACAAUGUCACUGCCCUAGCUGCCAUUUGGCGUCGAGUUCCCACAGAGAUCCGUUCUCAUGUUUGGGAGGACCUUAUGCUUACAGCGAUGGACCAAUAUCCUGCAUCUACUCUCAAACUACUACUUGCAACAUAUCAAGCACCAUCUUUUCCACCUGGAUGGGCCGCAAAUGACUGCCUUGAUUUUGUAAUAUCUCAUUACUUUGGGUCGCAAGAGCAAAAACCCACUUCAGAAUCGUUUAAUGCCGAGGAUCUUCGACAAAUAUUUGAGAGUGUACAAUAUCUCCAGCUUCGCGGCCUCCGGCUGAGUGCGCGCUCAAUCUACUUGUUACAAUUGAUGAUGAAUGACCAAGAAUUUAAGACAUUCUAUCUCAUACUGACAGGCACAAGACAACAUCUCACUGGCAAAACUUUACUACGAUUUGCCUAUCGUUUUGCACGGUUUCGCCAGACAGACAUGGCUUUUCAAGUACUGCAGCAAGCAACUCGACAAGGCAUUAAUCUAAACCUUGGAAGAUGGCCACAAAUCUGCAAUGUGCUUCUCACCGGCAGAUAUCGUGACCAUAAUGCACAUGCUACUGAUACAGAACUUUUUGAUUUCAUGCUACAUCACGGUCUGAAGCCCGGGAUCGUUACAUAUAAUAUCCUGAUACAAAAUUCACUUCAAGCUGGAGACCAUGUUACGGCGUGGCAAAUCUAUGAUAUGAUGAUUGAAAACCGAGUAAUGGCGGACGUGUACACCUAUUCAAUCAUGCUAAAUGAUGCCAAGAUUCGUAGGGAUGACGUUGCGGUCGAAAAAUUGGCGCACUGGAUGAGCGAAGACGGUGUUCGAAACAGUUAUACUGUUACAGACAUAUUAGACACAAUAUUUCGCUUACACAGGCGAGAGUAUUUCAAGCGCCCACCCAGUGAGAGAAGAUCUCUUCAAACGUCAUUCUCGCAGAUGCUUCCAAUCUAUAUGAAGAACUUCGAGGUGGAACCAUUGGCUCAACUCAUACCCAGAUUUCAGGAGAAUUUCUUAGGUGUGGGGUUGAUGAAUCGUGACGACGGAAUAGAUGACACCCACCAUGACAUCCAAGGUCGUGUAGAAGAGGAACAACAUCAUCUCGAACUGUCUACUACAGAUCAAUCCGAAACUGCUGUACCACAUCACGAGUCCGCUUCCGAAGACCUUCUUCUAGAACCGAACUAUGUAACCUUAAUAGUGAUGCUGAAAUCAUACAUUGGAAGUGUUCGAAACUACAAGGCUCUAUUGAGAUUUUACAGCCAUUUCAAAGCCCUGAUAGCUGCAAGAGAUCCAAUAGUCGCCCCUCUACUUGUAGAGGCUCAAAUCUACAACCAUUUGCUCGUUGGGCUUGGCCAUCUCGAAGCGCCAAUGCACGAAUGCCUGAAAAUUGUCGCUGAUAUGCAAGUUUCGCAUCCCAAACUAAAAAACUCGGUAACAGAAACUGAGAUUGGACAAUCUCUUGAUGAGGGUGAUGAUGCUGCGGCGUCAAGUAGUUCGGAACAGAGCGACAAUGAUUCCGAGUUGGAUGAUGCGUCCUCUGAUGCGACUGAUGAUACUUUCCAGCCACCUCCUCCAAGUCUUCAUACAUGGACUACUUUACUUAACGUAUUCAUGCAACGUCAACAACCUCGUGCAGCCGAAAAGGUGUUACAGAUCAUGAUUGAGAAAGAGGGUUUGGAGCCCAACCAAGCAACAUGGAAUGCAUUGACUAUGGGCUACAUGAGACUCCAAGACCCACAAAUGACUGCAGACGCUCUCAUCAGAACAAAGCGGGCUGGAUUUAUUGUUGACCAUAUCAUGGCAAGCAGAUGGUGGCUCAGAUUUCAAGCUAGGGCUCGUUUAAGUGAAGCAUUGCAAUCUGCUUCUGGUGAUAAUGAGACGACACUGGCAGAUGUAGCCUAUGCAAUGGAGUCUGAGUCCGAGAUGCACGAUUCGGCUGAGGACGAUAUCAUCGAUGAAGAGGUUUUGGAGGCUACCACUUCUAAAACAGGAGAUAUAUAUCGUAUCUUUCAGCGCCGUCUACACGCUGUCAAUUCUCCUGUCUAUCCUAAUUGGAUAUUUGACGCUAUGAUCCGGGUCGGUGAAGAAAAUGUUAUCGAACCGGAAACAGAGCCAAUAAGCGAUGAAGUAGCCGAACCUGAAAAUGAACCGACUGGAUCUUUGGAUCGACCAAGUGAACAGGCAGCCAAACCAACCAUCGAAGGUGUAGCCAAGUCUGAAAUUUUAUCAGCUCAAUCAUCAAACAAGCCAAUUAGUGUCAAAGAACAGAUUCAAGGACAUCUUCCAGACAACCAAAUAAACGACCAUAUUAAACAACCACAACGGCAAUCAGAGAUUGAAGAUAAAAGAGAGCCGAGACUACUACCAGCCAAUAAGCUACUAGUUCGAAGAACGACGCAAUGGCUAAUGACGCCUGAAGCAAAAGCUUUCCGCCGCAGUUCCCAGGAAAAGGGUUAAUUACAAGGAGUAAAUCCUGUUGACGGUUGUGAUGAAAAUGAUAAGGAUCGACAAUCUCGAAGAUGUAAAUAUUGUGUUACAUAUCUACAUGAGACUGAGAUUAAAGCUUGUAAUUCUUUGUAUAUACACCAGUUUUACAUAUGCACAGUGCUAUUGCUAUUAGGGUUGUUUUGGAUAUAGACGUUAUUGAAAACUGGGCGAAAUGUAACAUUUCAUUUACCUAUGUGCAACUAUGUAUUAUACUUUACGAUAGAUUAGACGAAUUAGAAAUUCAUCUCCA